AUGGCCGGCCGGGUGAAAGUGCAAAUCGACCAUGCCCCGAAUCUGUUCUACCAUCGCGUGCUGCUGGCCUGGAAGACGUCGCUGGCCCCGGAUGACCGACAGCACCACGUGCUGUUCAACGCCGCCGCCAGCCUCAAGCGCUACCCGUUGCCCAUUCAGGGGAUUGCAGACCUCAAGCGGCUGAAAGGCAUUGGCGAUCAGAUUGCUGUCCGUCUCGACGCCUGCUGGGAGGUGUACGUCGAGAAUCUGGGCAAAGAACCCACGCAUCGAGACGUGAAGGCCCUGAAAAACGACGACGUCGUGCCGCUGCUCGGCGCCACCAAGUCGGCCAAGGCCCGCGAAAAGGAGAAGCGCCGCGGGGAUUGGAUGCCCGCGCUGCCGGGCCCAUCCAAAGCCCCUGCCAACUCGGACGAUGAAUUCAGGGAACCGGAUGCCCCACCAAAGAAAAGGCCCAACAUCCAGCGCAACAAUAAUGGAAGUCAGGACAAACCGUUCCGCGAGACUCCUGGAUCGUCACUGGAUGGUUUCGGAACCAAAUCCCAAACUGCCGGCUCGUCACGCGCAGAUGGUGAAGAAGUUCAAUACCUUCGAAUUCGGCCCGACGAAAAAGCCGAGGUGAUUCUGCUGUGCGACAACCGGGAGGUGUCCCGCAAAUUCAAGAAGUCAGCGGGCCCCGUCGAGCACUUGAUGAAGCUUGGAAUUCGGGCGGAGGUUCGAACGCUGCCGGUCGGUGACUUUAUGUGGGUGCUGAGGCGGUUGGACGGCCAGGAGAUGGCCAUGGAAUGGGUGGUCGAGCGGAAGACGUGGGAUGAUCUCUCCCAUUCCAUCAUUGGGGGCCGAUACGGUGACCAGAAGCGCCGCCUACGCCAGGCUCCAAUGUCCAAUCGCGUCUAUUUGGUGGAGGGACGUGGGAAUGGUGAUGUCCGUUGUAAUCAGGCCCUCGCCACGACGCUGACCCACGAUCACUACCUGGUCCAGCGCUGCGAGACGGCCAAAGACACCGCCCACUUCCUCGAGAUCCUCCACCACCGUCUCGUCCACCAGGCCGAAACCAAUACGUUGACCGGCGUUCGAUACGACGAUUUGGGCCAAUUUGCGAAGAGCUCGAGCGUGCAAACUGUCCGCGACAGCUGGGUGCAAAUGCUGCAGGUGUGCCCCGGAAUGUCGCAGCGUCGAGCCGAAGCGCUGGCUGCCCGAUUUCCUUCCCUGCCGUCCCUCGUCAGCUUCUUGCGCUCCGGCGAAGAUCUUCAAACGGCCGCCCCUUGCCUGCCGAAAUCCGUCAUGCGCCAAUUGAUGCUCUUCUUCCAGCCCCAGCUUGACAAA